AUGGACGUUCCUGGUCUGUUUGUCGAGUCUCACCAGGGAGCUUUACAUCCUGCCUCAAAGCCAACAGGGUCCGUGCGAUUUGCGGCCGGGGAGAUUCUAGGGCGUCUGAACAACGCAUCCACGGGACCCAGGGCGUAUAGCACCGUUCAGUGUGGGCCUGGCGAUGAGGAUAAUGUUGAGCUCAAUUCGAAUUUGGUAUAUGUCAAUCAUUCGUGCGACCCGAAUGCUGUUUUCGAUCUCUCGUCUACGGAUCCUACUCGUUGGCAUCUCAGAGCUCUGAAAGAUAUCAUGCCUGGCAACACUAACCUAGUCACCUACUUCUACCCCAGCACAGAAUGGGAUAUGGCUCAAGCCUUCGACUGCGACUGCAAGACUGUGGAGUGUCUAGGACGUAUCCAGGGCGCGAAAUAUUUGUCAAGAUCUGAACUAAUCAAACGAGGAUGGAUCAGCCCAUGGAUUUUGCGAUUGUGUGACGAGAGGGAUUCGGAACUACUCAAGUUAUAACAAAGUCCUUGUGGGGUUUCAUGUCUGAUCACUAACUCGAAGCUUCAAUAUUGUUCGAGGGUCUAGUGCAUAUUCAAUUUUCACUGCGUAUCUCACUCAUCAGGUUCCGUCGUCAACCUCGCUCUUGGGUCGUAGCCUCAGAAGAAAUUGUAUGGACUGUCCGAGAUAUUGGAUAGACGCUAGAGUUGCGACGUUGAAUCCAUUGCACUCUUCAGUACAAGACGAGAAACGCCACCACAAAACUUAGUUAGGACGCGUCCGUGACUGUGUUCAUGAUGUGACGUUCACCCGUGACGUCUCGCGACUGGAGAUCACGUGUA